AUGGUGUCUGAAACGUUUGACGGCGAGGUCGAUUUAGGUAUUAUUGGUGGUACUGGGCUGUACCAUCUAUCAUGUCUUGAAACUAUAGCGGUUUUGCCUGCAAUGGAAACACCUUGGGGUACUACUUCUUCGCCCAUCACUAUUUCCAAAGUCGUGGGUCAUCAAGGUCAUUUGCACGUUGCGUUUAUCGCUAGACAUGGUCUGAACCACCAAUUCCCACCCACGAGAGUGCCAUUUAGGGCAAAUAUGGCCGCUUUGAAACAUAUCAAAUGUAAAGCCGUGCUUUCUUUCAGCGCAGUUGGGUCCCUGCAGGAACAGAUCAAGCCAAGGGAUUUUGUUCUGCCUCAGCAGAUUAUCGAUCGUACCAAGGGAAUUCGUGAAUCCUCGUAUCUGAACGAUGAAGGACUUGUGGGUCAUGUUGGAUUUGGUGAUCCAUUCUCCAAAUCUUUCGCUAAGUUUAUUUACCAGUUUAAGCAUUUGCUUAAAAAUGGUGAUGAACCUUGUACCAUGCAUUUUAGCGAUGAUAUUACUGUGGUGUGUAUGGAAGGUCCACAGUUCUCUACUAGAGCAGAAUCCCGCAUGUAUAGAGUGCUUGGAGGUGAUGUAAUCAAUAUGAGUGUCAUUCCCGAGGCCAAAUUGGCUCGUGAGUGUGAGUUGCCCUACCAAAUGAUCUGCAUGUCGACUGACUACGACGCUUGGAGAGAGAACGAAGAACCUGUUACUGUCGAGCUUGUUUUGGGGAAUUUGGCCAACAACGGCCAGAAUGCAAACACUUUGGCUUCUAGUAUCAUUCAAGAGAUGGCCCAUAACCUGCCCGAUUUCAUGAAGACCGGUGAUGGUCUACGUGAAUCUAUCAAGAUGUCUAUCUCUACUAGACCGGAGGCAAUGUCAAAAGAAACUUUGGAUAAACUGAAAUUCUUGUUCCCAGAUUACUGGUAA